AUGCACAUUUCCAUCGACUAUGCAAUUCUUCUUUUGGUUGUUGUGCAGUGUUUUGAAACAUCACAUAAGUCACGAAAUACUUGUGGUUAUGAAUCAUGCAAUUUGGGUCAAGAAAAUAAACUUAAUGUUCAUAUAGUUCUACACACACAUGAUGAUGUUGGUUGGCUCAAAACAAUCGAUCAAUACUAUUAUGGUUGUAAAUAG